CGCGCCGGUGACCUUCCGGAAUUGAAUUGCUGAGUUGUCACCAGACUGCGGCCGUCCAGCUGUCGUUCGUGAUUUGGCAUUUCCCCUCUUUCUCCGCUCUGUUCCCUGAGUCCUCCGCCGUAUAAAGUUCUCCUCCAUCCAUAGGCACAACCUCUUCACAAACACAAACAACACAAAAAAUGACCCGCGUCGCCCUCGUCACCGGAUCCUCCCGCGGUAUCGGCCGUGCAAUCGCCCUCCGCCUCGCCCGCGACGGACUCGACAUCUGCCUCAACGACAUCCCUGCAAACCAACCCGGCCUCGACUCAACCCGCUCCGAAAUCGAAAAACUUGGACGCAAAUGUAUUGCAAUUCCCGCCGACGUGACAAAGAGUAACGAAGUCACCAGGAUGGUCGAACAAUGCGCAAAGGAGCUGGGCAGUCUCGAUGUCAUGGUCGCGAACGCGGGAAUUGCGCAGAUCAAGCCGUUGUUGGAUGUCACGGAGGAAGAGUGGGAUGGGAUUUUUGGUGUGAAUUGUAAGGGGGUGUUUUUGUGUUAUCAGGCGGCGGCGAAGCAGAUGAUUAAGCAAGGUGUGCCAUCCCACCGCAAGGGGGGCAAAAUUAUCGGAGCUUGCUCGAUUGUUGGAUACCGUCCCUUCCCCAUGCUCUCUCCCUACUCCGCCACGAAAUGGGGUGUUCGCGGUCUUACUCAAGGAGCGGCCAUGGAAUGGGCCAAACACGGCAUCACCGUCAACGCCUACUGCCCUGGCAUCGUCGGCACCGCAAUGUGGGACCAAAUCGACGAAGUCCUCGCCAAAGAACAAGGCACCAAAAAAGGCGAAGUCUUCAAGAAAUACUCGAACGAGUUGAUUGCGCUCGGGAGGUCGAGCGAGCCGGAGGAUGUGGCUAAUUUUGUGCAUUAUUUGGCGAGUGAGGAUAGUGAUUACAUGACUGGCCAGAGUGUUAUGAUUGAUGGGGGGAUUCAGUUCUCUUGAACAAGGGAUCCGGAGUCGUGGGAGGCU